AUGGCGGGUACAAUGAAGCGAACGCGGAAGCUGCAGAUUAGCUGCGGGGACGAGGAGGACGAUGCGUUUCCUAGCCAUGGUCUAUGGGAGAUAAGGAAUGCUGACGUGGACAGCGGCUCGACGAUAGAGUCCAAGCCAGGCGGUCCUGUUGGUAGUGGUAGCGGAGCUGGGCGGUCUAAUUUAGAGACGUCCUUAGUAAGAGAAAGUUCCGUGAUUCCUACUCCUAGCACCACCACCACCGUAACAACAAGCAUUGCCGACUUUAACUCAUCGGGGUAUGGCGACUCGGUAUCUUCCGCGUGGGACCACAUUUUAGGAAGCGACGCGACUCCCACCGGAAACGGCGGGCGCGGGUUGCAUGAUUCCCCUCUCACUCCCACCCCGCCAACCCCGAUACACGACAAAAUCCUCCAGUCCACGUCGAUCGAGAUCGGCCACGUCGGCACGCUGACGUGGCGCCAGCUGGCAGUUGACCGCGAUUUAAAACUGAUUUCCUGGUGGCACCACGUGCCGCUUUACAGCCGCGACGGGCUCCUUAAUUUCGUCUGCGCGACGCCUAGAGGCUCGUGGAUUAAGUACGAGGUAGCUCAGGACGAGGAGUUUACUCCGCUACGAAUCGCCCAGUUCGGAAAUAGCCCUACUAAGCCCGCGCAUUUUGCGGAGAACGCGACGCGGUUCAGCCUAGGGUUUCUCCCGCAGACGUACGCGGACCCCGCGCAGCCCAACCCCGACUAUGGCGGCCUGGCAUACCAAGGCGGCCCCAUGCACGCCUUGCUGCUGGAUCUUAACGACGCGUCGCGAGCCGGGUUCGCCUCGCUGGGCGCCUCGUCGAUUAGUAGGCUGCCGUCCCGCGAUUUGCGGACAGGAGAUGUGUGUCAGGUGAAAGUAAUCGGAGCGUUCGCGGUCGUGCAGCAGAAGAGCCGCCUUUCCUGGAAGCUUCUCGCUAUUCCCGCGGUCGCGAAUGCCUGUAGAAGUGGUAGCGGUGCUGGAGGGGAGGAUGACGUGGCGGAUCAGAUCAAUGACGUGGCAGACGUGCAUGCACUUUUCCCGGGCCUGCUAGACGACAUUCGUGAAUGGCUGCGAUUUUGCGACUGCGUCGAUCCAGACGACGAGGAGAACGAGUUCGGGUUGAACCAGAGGGCGGGCGCUGCUGACGUGGCGCUGGCAAUCAUUGCGCAGGCGCAUGCUUCCUGGCAGCUUCUCACGGACGACAGCCCACCGCCCUCCCCCUGGAGCCCCGCCAACCUUGUCCUCUCGGCACGUGUUCUGCAGGAGAAAUGGCACAAAUACACUGAUCAGUACUAUAUGGAGUCGGGCUGUAAAGGAGAUGGGAAGGGCGGCAGCUGGGAGGGUGAACGAGGGGGAAGAGGGUUCAGUGUGGGGAGCUUGGGAAGCUGGCAGGGGGGAUGUGCGAGUGGGUAUGUGAGUGGGAGUGGGAGUGGGAGUCUGAGUGGGAGUGUGGGUGCUGCUGCUGCUCCUCCGCUCAAUCUGCCCUUUGUUCCGUUCAGCGAUCCCACCACCUCGAGGGCUGAAAGGAGGUUCGAUAGGGCGUGGGAGGAGACGAGCAGAGCCAGCUCGUUUUCGCAUGUCUCCACUGCUGCUGCUACUGCUGGUGAUGCUGAUGGGAGUGGUGGUGCUGGGGGUGGUGUCGGGAACGGCUUGCGGUUUGGUGGCUCUUCUAAGGAGUCUCGGGUCAGCUCCUAUGGGGGAUCGUUCGAAGAGCGUACCAUGGUUGGGGGGAAGCUGAGGAGUUGCAAGUCAGGGCCCAUGGUUGUGAGGUUUGGAGCUUUGAAGCAGGAGGAAGGGGAUGAGGGGGGAGAGGGGAGUAAGUGGGGGAAGGGAGAGGAGGGGAAUCAGGAGCAGAAGAAGGAGGAAGAGGAGGAGGGACACGGUAACAGGUCGUACAGGUCGGUAGAGUGCGGUGGAAUGCAGUCUCGUGCGGCCCGAACCAGCACUGGUGCUUCGGAAUCAGCAGGAGGUGGGGGGGCAGCAGCAGCUGCGUUUGCUGCUGCUGCGGCUGGUGGUGGGGGGUUGAAGGCUCGUCGCAAGUCAGGGUCAUGGGAUUUCGGCAACAUGACUAUUGGAGGGGUGUGGAUACCCGACGCUCUAGCAGCACGUAACAGCGUUACCACUGGUAACACAGUAACACCUCUCAACACCAUUGGUGGCAUAGAUUUUGCCACCGCUGCGUUUGCUGACAUUUGCACCCCUAACGAGAAUGACAGUGCCACUGUAGCAGAGGCGACUGGCGGUAACCGCGUAACACUAACAGGUAACAAGGCACCAGCCACGGAGCACAGCAGAGGCUUUCCUCUUUUUAGGCACAGCAGCUUGAACCGCGCCUUGCUUAACGACCACAGAACAGCACUGGCCAGGCUCGGCGCGCUCUUGGGCGCAGGUGGAGGCUCGGACCGUCCUCUUCCCGAAGCUGACAUGCAGGUUCGGGAAUCCUCCAAACCUGACAGCGAGGUUCGGGGAUCCUCCAAGCCUGAUGGAACGGCCCUCAUCUCCUCUCUCGAUGAUGAUGCCUCUUUGCUGCCCCUGCCGCCCAUCCUUGCUUCUUCGUGGGAUAGCGCAGGCGCAUUUGGUACCAGUGCUAUUGCUGGGUCGGUGAGGGGCGGGGUGCAGCAGGGUGUCAGUAGUGGUGGAGGGGCGUGCGUUGCAUCCCAGACGAGGGAAAUUCUGGCUUGCUCGCAGAGGCUGGCUGCGGGCAACAGAUGGGGCCCGUCGAAGCAGGGUUGGGGAAUGGAGGAGAGGGAGGUGGGGCCUGCAGGGGUACUGCAUCUUUGGAGUGUGAUGAUAUCUGUAGGCCCGGUGAUGACAGUAAUCCGAUGCUGCUGGUCAGCAGCAGGGGUUUAG